AUGGAGGAACCUACGCCGAAUUUACUAGAAUUAGAAGAAAAAACCAUAUUUGAUGCAUCAAAAGCUAGCGAGCUCAUAGAUAAAUUUCUAUCAUCAUAUAUUCAUCAAAAGGAAAAAACCAUAGCAGAAGAAACUGAAAAUUAUCCCCUACCAGGUCAUAUGAUGGCACCAUCAUAUAUUUCGCGUUUACCAACUGGCUCAGAAAUCGGCAUAUAUCUUGCAAUGGGAUUGAGUGGUACAAUUCUAAAGUUAACAGUGGUAAAAUUGUUAAGUCGUGGUGAAACUGAAUUAGAACACGACAGAGAAUUAAAGAUUCCUGAUGAUUUGAAAGUUGGAACUGUUGAUAAUCUAUUUGAUUGGAUUGCAAAAAUUGGAGUAAAUGAAGGUAUUGUUGUUGCAGGGAUAGGAUGUGAAACGACUGAAUUAAUUGGUAAUAAUAUAGUUGAAUUAUUACAGGCUGCAUUUAUUCGAAAGGGAGUAAAAAUUCAAAUUGUAGCUAUAGUUGAUGAUGUUGUUGGUGUAUUAGUAGCGAACGCUUACAAAGAUCAAAAUACAAUCAUAUCAGCAAUUAUAGAUGACUUCAGAACAAAUGCUGCCUGUAUUUGUACAUCGUCAUCAAUAAUAAAAGAAACUCAAAGUCAUCAACAUCAUGUACCAGAAUAUAUGAUUGUAAAUACUGAAUGGGGUUCGAUCGGUACCGAGUUUUUACCUUUUAUAAAAUAUGAUAAAAUUCUUUCCAGUCAACAUCAAAAACAACAUAACGGAACUUCUGGUUCGAGAAGACGGCCAUUUGAACAAAUGAUUGCUGGUGUUUAUUUGGGUGAAUUGGUAAGAUUGACUAUCGUAGAUUAUGUGAAAGUUUUUAAUUUGUUUGAUGGUGUGUCACCUACAGGAAUGGACAUACCUUAUAGUUUUUCAUCUCUUUUAAUGUCUGAAAUCGAAAGUGAUCAAUCAUCAGAAAAAUCUGAUAGUUUAAAUGCGUUAUUAAACAAUUUUGAAUUUUCCAAGAAACCAAGCAAAGAAGAUCUACAGACAGUACAUAGAAUUAUAAAGAGUUAUUCUAGACGUUCGGCUCAAUUGUUUGCAAUAGCUAUCGCUUCAUUAAUCAAACUUCAAUGUCCAGAAUUUCCAUCUGUUGAACGUAAUGUUGUAGUGGCUGUUGAUGGAUCUAUAUAUCAUAAUCAUUAUGAAUAUUCAAACCGGACUAGCAAGUUUUUAAGAGAUUUUCAAAAUAUUCAAAAAGAUGAGAAAAUUAAAUUAUCACCUAUAAAGGAUGGUAGUUGUACAGGUGCUGCUUUAAUUGCUAUGAUGUAUUCUCAUUGA